GCUGCAUCUUAUAGUAUAUUCUGUUUUUCGUUUGAUAAAGCAUAUCAGAUGAUGAAACAAUGAAAUAAAAAAGAAUGAAUUCAUUUUAUUGAAAACAUUACCUUUUUCCCAUGGUUGAAAUUUGAUUGCUCAAUAUUUUGUUCGUUUUUCAAAUAAAAAGUGCAGCUAUAAAAUAAAUGGUGUUAUGUAAAUUGUAGAGCUUUUCGCGCUGCAUCUGAUGAUAGGGUGUGAGUGUGGGGUGUGGGGUGUGGUUGUAUAGUUAUAGAGGAAUCAUCCAGACCCAGCCACACCCACCCCACACCCUAAUUUCUGGUGUCCAAUGUUUGGUAUGUAUUGUCAAAAAAAAUAUUUGACCAUAAAGUCGUCAACAGAACAUUCAAAUUGAUGAAUUAUCUAUUGAUAAAUAAAGUAAUAACAGUCCCAGGACUUUUUCCGAAUCGAUAACAUGAAUAAUAGGUCUCAACGACCGAUGUAAUCCCAAUACAACAAGCAUAUAUGUAUGUAUAUAGGUCAGCUGAAAUAUAAAAAAUCUGUAUAGAGCUUUAUGUAAAAGAAUGUUUCAUGAUAAUAGGUACAACGUUAAUAUGUCCUUCAAAAUAUAAAUACUUAAACUCUAUCAGUUCAUUCUUUGGGGAAGGUAAAAUCUUAAAAUCAUGAUUGAAAAACAGUGAAUGGCGUCAGUCAUCAUAACACUGGAAUCAGGGUAUGGUACUUUUUCCUUAUGUUUAAAGAUCAAAUAGAUUUCAGAUUGAUCGUCAAUGUUCAUAAAUCAAUAGUUUAUAAAAUAGAGCUUUCUUUUCAAUUUGAAGGAUUUCAAUUGAUCACUGUAUAUUUUUUUGCCAACUUCAUAAAUUAGAUUCCUUCAGCGGUUUUAUAAUGCCGGAAAUAAAGCAAAUGCUAUGAAAUGUAUUAUAUAUAUAUUUGAGCUACCUUUUUUGAAAGAGAAAAGAUAAUUGGCAUGAGAUCUAAUUCGAAAAUAAUGAGUUUUGAAAUGAUUGAUAAUUUAAUAUUUUCUUUUAAAUAGAUCUAUCAAUGUGACAAACGAAGUGAUUCCAAUUUGUGCAAGCAUCUUGGAAGUUCAACUCACCAAAUACCAAACAUGUUAUAUGCAUCUCAAUUGAAUAAAGAUGAAAUUUAUCAAGGUCCAGUAAUAUUACCUGAACGUGUGUGA